UUGGCGCCACACCAGAAAGCGAUCACCAAAUGUAUAAUCAACUCUUCCAUAGAACUCAUAGAUUUCUCUAUGAUGUUUUCAAAUUCCCCAAAUUCAUCUCAUCUCUUUCUCGUUUCAAUUCAACCAUUGUAACCCUAAAUUCUGAUCCAAAGGUGAAAACAGUACAAGAUAGAAAAGGGGAAGAAAGCUUUAGUGAAGAAGAAGAAGAAGAAGCAGCAGUUUUGAACAAAGAAGGUUUUCCAGAUAUGUUUUCAAUUGAACCAAAAGAUAACAGUAGUUCUCAUCCAUGGCCAGAAUGGGUUAAUUUAAUGGAGCACCUGUCAAAAAAAGGUUAUUACCAUGAGAGAAAUGAAUAUCCUUUUGGUCAGAAUGAAAUGAGUAAUAAGGAUUCUAAUCUAAUAAGAACUGCUUGCCUUAAUUUCGGUCGUGAUAGGUUUGAUGUUAUAAGGUACUUGUCUAAGAAGGACAUUCGAGUUAUUGUCAGGUGUGGAUGCCCAAGCCUUGAUAGGAAAGUUGUUAACUCUGGGAAGCGUCUAAGAGCGUAUUUGGGAAUUGACGAACGAAAUGUUUGCAGCUCGUGCUGUCUUAGAGGAAGCUGUGAGAGAGCUUAUGUAAAUUCCCGAAAAGAUGAAGGUGGGCGGACUGUGGAUGUCAUGCGUAUCUUGAUGACGUAUGGGCUGAAUCCGGUUAUUGGUUCUGUGGAAAACAAACUUGCUCUUAAUAAAAGACUUAAGAAUUCUGUCAGAAAGCUGCUCACAGAAACUGUGGAGUUCAGCAACGAGGAACUUGACACUACUUCACCCGAGAAAACCUCCUUAAAAGGGGCUUCAUAUCUUGAGCACUCAAUUCAGCCACAAACUGGUCAAAUAACUGUCCCAAUGAAGAAAGGCGACUGGAUUUGCCCAACAUGCAACUUCAUGAAUUUUGCCAAAAACGCCAAGUGUUUGCGCUGUGAGGGGUUCUCUCAACAAAGACUAAAAAGAUCUGCUGAGGAUCAGGAUCAUCCUCCGUCAAAAAGGGGGGACUGGUUAUGUGGCAAAUGUAAUUUAUUGAACUUUGCCAAGAACACAAGGUGUUUCCAGUGUAAAGAAAAGCCGUCUAAUCGUCAUCUUGGCCCAGGGGAGUGGGAAUGUGAAUCGUGCAACUACGUAAAUUUCAGAAAAAACAUGGCAUGCAUAAAUUGCGACUGGAAAAGACCGAAGGCUUCAAAUUACUCAGAUAAUUCAGCUCAACGCCAGUCCGCAGGCUUGCAUCAACCUUAUUCAAUGAGUUUUGCGAGACAUGAUGGUAGAUCUGAUAAACAGUUUUCUGACAGACAAGAAAGACAAAGUCAAAAACCUGACACUAAGUUCUGGAGCUCUGAGGAAAGUAAUGAGGAUGAGAGUUGUUUGAGCUCAUUUAACCCGGAGUUGGUUGAUUUUUCCAUUCCAGGAGAUGAAUUUGAUAUUUCUCAGGAUCCACAAGCAAGGGAGAAAUGGGAAGAAGAUAUGUCAAAGGUGAGAAGAAUUGUCUCAGCAGAGAGAGAAAACAACACUGAGAUUCCGAAGAAACUAGGGUCUCUACAGUCUGCUGAAGACAGUGAGAUGGAUGACUGGUUUGGACACAGGAAUAAGUUGUAAACAAAGAAAUUUGGAAAACAUAUACAGAACAAAUG